AUGAAUGAGGCCAUUGCUCGUGGCCAAUCCUUGAAAUUUCGGAUGGGUGGAGGUUCGGAUAUUGGUAUUCUGUAUCUUCCCACUGAUAGCAUACCCAAAAAGAAUAUCCACGUUCAUAUUGACGGUGUCCCGAGAAGUUGGGACGCCACGCAUGUCACGACUUUCAUGGAAGAACAAGGGUGGGAACAAGUUGUGCCCAUCACCUGGAGAAAUUUCCGUCGCCAGGUCAAAUGGAUUUUGAAAGCUCAGCCUCCUGAUGAUCCUUAUGAUCCAACCAAUUCCAAUUGCACUUGGCAUUAUGUGGACGAUGUUGACCAAAGUUUAGAAAUCCAUGUCACUAAGGCGGAGGGUCGGUUUCCUAAGCCUCAGCAUGUGCAGCCUGCCACUCCUCCAAAGCACAGGUUCGAAACACAGAAACGAACUCAUGAGGAUCAUGAAGUUCUUGAUACACAGAUUGAUGAACCUGAAAACAGUGAAGAAGAUGAAGAGGCCGUUGAGGGUGAUGGCAACGGCCAAGAGAAAGAUCGCCCCAGAAGCCGAAGCCCAGCUAGGGUUAAGCCGAAAAAGUUGGACUUCAAAGAAACCACGGAAAUGAUCAAACCGGAAUGGGAUGAAAUUGCUGAUCUUAUCAACAACAAAGGUUUUGAAGAAGUUGAUUUUGGGGGAAACGGAGAUUGCGGAUUCAGGGCCAUUGGCUGCGCCUUGGAUUACUACAAAGAUCCUACCCAAGUCAGGACGCCAGAACAAUGCCAACGUGCUGGCGCCAAACUCAGAAGUCAGGUGGUGACCCACUGCCGCAAACAUGAAAAGAGCUUCCUUCCCUUUUUCGCUCCUGAUCCUGAAACUGCUAACGAGGAUCCUACUUUGCAAUCACAAUCCUCGUUUCAAGAUUGGCUCGAUGCUAUGGGUCGACCUCGAACCUGGAUUGAUGGGAUCGCACUGAGGGCCCUGUCCAUCAAAACGGGUCAUGUGAUUGUAAUUUGGAAGAAGGAAAACAAGAAGGCGCCGUGGCGGCGUACCACGUUGGCUCCUACCUUUGACCAAGGAUGGGCCAAAGCUGCUAAGGGAACCCAGCCAAUUGCUGUCCUUUUGAAGGAUGAUCACUACACUUGGCUCAAACCUCCACAAAAAGAGACCGCUUCCAAGCAACGCUCCAAAGGUAAAAAAAAGAGUCCUUUGAAGCGACUCAAACAGAUGAGUCGAAGUCACACCACCAAGGACGACAGGGAUCCUACUUUGCAAUCACAAUCCUCGUUUCAAGAUUGGCUCGAUGCUAUGGGUCGACCUCGAACCUGGAUUGAUGGGAUCGCACUGAGGGCCCUGUCCAUCAAAACGGGUCAUGUGAUUGUAAUUUGGAAGAAGGAAAACAAGAAGGCGCCGUGGCGGCGUACCACGUUGGCUCCUACCUUUGACCAAGGAUGGGCCAAAGCUGCUAAGGGAACCCAGCCAAUUGCUGUCCUUUUGAAGGAUGAUCACUACACUUGGCUCAAACCUCCACAAAAAGAGACCGCUUCCAAGCAACGCUCCAAAGGUAAAAAAAAGAGUCCUUUGAAGCGACUCAAACAGAUGAGUCGAAGUCACACCACCAAGGACGACAGGGCACCUAGUACUCAGGUUGCGUCCGGGGACCCGGCCGCUAUCACCAAGGUUCAGUGCCCGCAUUGGAGUCAGGCCCAUGCCUGGCUUCAGUCAAUUUGUCAGGGCGUGCCGGACCAAGACUUGACUCCGGAUUCACUCGGAACGCUCCAAGGUUGUUUGCUUGCUUGCAGUGCUGUCACUCGUGCGGUCCAUGCUGCAAUGGAAAAAGUGUCUGAUCCUGAUUUUGCCCCUACGGCAUUGACAGUAGAAGAGGACGCCGAAAGACUGGAAACUCCAGACGAACCUUCUCCUCGGAAAAUCGCCAAAAAACGAACCAAACAGAUCCCCAAGAAUGCGGCGGAAGAACAAGCUUUGUUUGAGAGAUAUUCUUGGAAGUGUGCGGGCUGGGGUUGCCAUGGCUUCCGUCUAGUCAGUUGCAAAGAAGCAGAGAUGCUCACCUUGCAAGCUGUGCUCCUGACCUCACCCCCGAACAAAAUCGCAUCAUUUUGCGUAAUGGCACCGCUGCUGUUGACAUCAACUACCGGGUGGCAACGCGGAAAAAAACAGGUUGGCAUUCUGCUGAGUGGCGUAAAGAAAGAAUUCAAAAAGCCAAGUCUCAAGGAAUUCGAUGUGGUUUGUCUUCAGGAAGCCAACAUGUCUGAUGUCGAAAUUAAGGUCUUGGCAGCUGCUGCUUGGAAAUCAGGCGUUCAGGUCGGUCACAUGUGGGUGGGCAACGUGUAUUGUGCCCAUCAUCCUGAAAGAGAAGCUUUCAUGACGGAAGCUUUCCAGCUGUGUCACUCAUGGUCCCCGAAUGUUUGGACUCUUGUGGGUGAUUUCAAUGACACCCCUGAGGAAUCGCCUUUGGCCUUUGGCCUUACCUCUUCAGGUUACAGCUCUUGUUUGCCACCUCCUGGGGUUAGCAGUAGAUGGGAAAGCCAACGGGUCAUCGAUUUUGCGAUUUGCAACGGUAUUAUCUUGGACUCCACUUUGAAGAUGUGCCCCGAACGUUACAGUGAUCACAAAGCUUUUUACUUUGACGUCAAAGCUGAAGGUGCAGAUGGGGCUCUUACUAAGGUUGUGAUGGUUCCAGCAAACGUGUAUUUGCCUCAAGAUACCGACCGAGGUAUCGAUUGGACAGAACGCCUGGCGGACGCCUGGCAGCAAAAUAGACAAGUUUGGCAGGAAUUUAAAGUGAAAGCUGAACAAGAAAUCCGCGAAGCCGACAACAUGUCAGAAGCGGUCAAACAGCAUAAAAGUGACCGAAUUUGGGACCACCUGAAUUUGUUACUCGAAACGUUUGUUCAGAAACAGGCUCAGUGGGCUCAGGAACAUGAGUUGCCUAUGCGGCCCUACAGAAAAGCUAAACGGGCCAAGGGGUCCAUCCCCACUUUUCGUCAUGUCCCUUUGGUCAUCCACCAACCCCACGCUCCGAAUGCCUCAAAUCAGCUUCGCACCUGGAUGCGGUUGUGGGGAAGGCUCAGUGAGGCCGAGAGAAGACAGCAUCAUGACAACACUGUUGAGAAUUCUAAGGAUCUUCAAAAGCUUUGGAAGCGCAUCCGCAGAUGCCCUCUGUACCAAGCAGGAAUGACUGCCAAGGAUGCCGAAACUGAGGUUCAGCGUCAAACCGAGGCGAGCCGGCAGAGCAGACUUAGCAAUUGGAAGGUUCGCUUGCAGCAAGAUAACGCUCAGGUCUUUCGAUGGGUGCGGUCCUCCGAAUCGGCGCCCACUGUUACCUUGUAUGACGACGAAGUCGAUCCUGACGACCCAGCUAGCAUGGACAGCUCUGGUGCCUUGGUCAAAAUCGAAUCCUUUUGGCAGAGAGCUUGGAACCGUGACAAUAGCGAUGCUUGGACUCCGCAGCAAUAUCUUCGUGAAUAUGGCGGGGCCCCUGAAGUCGAAGAAAAUUGGAGCCAUGUUUCUGCACAGGCUCUUAGUGCCUCGGCUGCUAGACAAAGGCACCGAGCCGGGGGCCCUGACGGCUGGACUGGCAGCGAAAUGGCAGCUUGGCCGUACAACAUGUGGGCUGACCUGGAAUUUGUGUUUCAAGCCUGGGAGCAGCUGGGAUGUUUCCCAAAGUGCUGGCACUUCAUGACACAGGUGAUGCUCCCCAAAGGAAACGGUCAAAGGCUCUCUGACAGCGCCACCCCGACCAGCAAACUUCGACCAAUAAGCCUCAUGUCGUGUUGGUGGAGAAUUUAUGUGAGUGCCCGCUUAGAUGGGGACAUCGAAAGACGUUGGUUGGAAUCGCAUUUGUUGACUACCCAGGCUGGAGGUAGGCAGCCUACCAAGCGUCAAGAUAUGAUGCAGUUAGAAGAGCUGUGCAAUGGAGUGACUGAAAACCUUUUUGCCUUAGGCGCUGCUAUGGGUUUUGGGUCCAUGCUGCCUAAGGAACAAGGUCGCAUUGAAAAGGCAAUGGCUUGUGCUGCUAAGGUUCGUUUGGCUCCUAUCUCAGCAGCUCGAAGAUCGUUUGUUGGCGCACUUGCCGCAGGUAGCAAAGCAACUUACGGGUGGUUGGUCCGUGCUCCCCCUGGAACCGGGCUCAUGUCUAAGUUGGAAACUCGUCUCCGAAGGGUGGGCUACUGCCAUCGCAUGUCCUCUCCUGCGCUCAUUAGGCUGGUGAUGGGUCACCCAGUGGACAUUCAGUUUCAAUCUGGUGCGGCGCUCAUCGGUGCGGUUCAUCGCACUGUUCGUCGGAUCCGAAGAAUCUUCAGUGAUUGGGACCUCUCUGGAGGUGCAGGUACGGUGGCAACUAAGGUGGCAGUGCUUUGCGGGUGGUGGGCCCUCUGCUGCGUGGUGCAGCGGAAUGGUGCGGCUUUGCUGCGCCGAGUGGCCGCUGCCGUUGUCUAUGCUGCUGCUGACUGGCCUUCUCGGCAUUCCGCACUACGCCUCCAAGUGGGGGAUGCGGGCUUGGAUGCAGCGCUGUCUGCAGCGCGGCUCUGGGUACGGAGUAGUGUGCAGGUACGGUGGCAACUAAGGUGGCAGUGCUUUGCGGGUGGUGGGCCCUCUGCGGCGUGGUGCAGCGGAAUGGUGCGGCUUUGCUGCGCCGAGUGGCCGCUGCCGUUGUCUAUGCUGCUGCUGACUGGCCUUCUCGAUAUUGACGAGUUCGUGAAUGGUUGUAUGCAAUUGCGCGGCCCAGCCAAGAGCUUGCAGGUGGCAAAAAUGAGCUAUGAGAACAAGCUCACUCGAUCGGCAAUCCGGGACGUUGGCAAGGAGCUGGCUUCGGUGAAAGCGCGUUUGGAGCAGAUUAGGCAUAAGAUGAAGCGGAACCAUGAAGCGGAGAACCCUGACAAUGUCUCAGUGGCCCUGUGACGAAACAGCGUUGGUAGAAUUAGACUUGUGAUGUUUUAAGCUGGCAAGGCGGCAAAGUUGGAAGCGUUUAAGCAAAA